AUGGAAGGAGAAAAUACAUUGAUUGAAGAUGUUCCUAUACUGGAAAUGGAGGAGGAGGACCAAUAUGAUGGAUCUGAUCUAGAUGAUUCAGAACAUGAAGACAGAUCUGACUACACUUCUAGUGAUUCUGAUAGCAACAACGAGACUACAAAGAAAACAAGGAAGAGGAGAUUGACUCGAUUGCCAAAGUUACGAACAUACCAAUUCUGGAUUGUCUCCUGGGUCGACGAGACCGAAGAACGAAGAUGUGAAGAAGCAGCGAAGGGACGGAGGUCUUCGAUAGGGCGAGACAAGCAGCAAUGGAACAAUGAAAAGGUGAAGGGAGAACGAAGGGGGUUUGUAGCUCCCUUGCUCACCGGGAACGCACAAGAAAACACCUCCGACGGAGGUGCUUCUGCCGAAAAUCGGGACAGAAGAAGGAAAGAAACAGGAAGAGUUCCUUGA